AUGGGCAGCUCGCGGGCUGAGCUGUUCAGCCUCAACGAGCUGCGUGAAGAUGCCACACGCCUCAUUGAUGAGCUUCCACGCGCCAGCACUAGGGAUGAGGCGUUGGACAUUGCCAUCAAAGCUGCAGAGGUGUCGAUGCGGGCGAUGAAGCUCGCCACCGAUCGCCACGAGAAGUCGGCAUGCAAAGCACGAGUGCAACAGCUAAUGCAGGAUGCCGAACGCAUCAAGCAUGACUCCGAUUGGAAGAAAGCGGUCCGCGCAGCUACAGGUAGACUGCAAGGCAAGACGAUCGACGCCAGCACUGUGAAAGUACUGAAUGAACCUGUGAAUUCCCGCCAGUUGCCCAACAAGGAAGAGCUGAUCUUACUGAGAGCCGGCUAUCUCAAUGGAACCAAGUUCCCGCCCUGGAGGAAGGAGCCGCAACCCAUCGAAUUCGAGCUCAAAGAUGAUGAGUUCUCCGAGCUCCCGCUCUCUGACUUUCAACAUGAUGUUCUGGACGACUGGAAACGUCCGAGCGAAGCACUACCGCCGCCAUCUUGGUUCUCCCGCGACAGAGUCAACCUGGGACCAUCCAUGCACUUCUUCCGCGAUAUCGAUCUCGUGCAAGAUGCUGCUACUGACUGCUCCGUGGUGGCAUCGCUUUGUGCUAGCGUGGCGAGAGGACAACGUGGCCAUGCCAAGAUGCUACAGAAGCUCAUUUAUCCGUACGACAACGAUUGUGGCCGACCUUCGCUCUCGAAGAAUGGAAAGUACAUCAUACGAAUGAACUUCAAUGGCUGCUAUCGCAAAGUGGAGAUCGAUGACCGAAUACCAACCAGCUCCACACACCGCGUCAUUCAUGUCAUCGAUCGGAACAAUCCUGGUCUACUCUGGCCAGCACUCAUGGAGAAGGCGUAUCUCAAGGUCAGAGGUGGCUACGACUUUCCGGGUAGCAAUAGCGGGACCGACUUAUGGAUCUUGACCGGCUGGAUUCCAGAGCAAGUCAACCUCCAGGCCGACGAUCUUGAGCCCGACAAGUUCUGGAGACAGAUCAGCAAUGGCUUUUCAUAUGGAGAUGUACUGAUCACGAUGGGCACGGGCAAGAUGUCCAAGGCCACAGAGCGAGCGCUCGGCCUAGCAGGAGAGCACGACUACGCUGUACUCGACCUUCGCGAAGUAGAUGGGCAGCGACUGUUCCUCAUCAAGAAUCCUUGGGUGGAAGAAGCUGUUGACUCGCCGCGGGAUCUUCUUAAUGAGGAGGUGCUCACACCUGGGACUUUCUGGAUGGACCUGGACACUGUCCUGCAGCACUUCGAGUUCCUCUACCUGAACUGGAACACGGGACUAUUCAAAUAUCGACAGGAUGUACACUUCUACUGGGAUAUGUCUGAACCACUCGAUAGUCAUGGCAUUGGUAAAAUGCGAGGCCCGCACGCAAGUCUUCAGCAUAAUCCACAGUAUACGGUCAGCUCGAGUCGAGGGGGCACUAUUUGGGUGUUGCUCUGGCGACACUUCCAAAACUCGGUACCCGAAGAUGCCACUGCAGAUGAAAUUGAAAGCGGACGCCACCAUAUGGACCUCAGUGGCUAUAUCUCACUGAUCGCAUUCGCGGCAAAAGGAAAACGAGUCAUGCUGGGUGAACGAUACCUACAGAAAUUGUGGUACCUUGACAGCCCGCAGACCUUGCUGAAACUGGAAGAUUGCGAGCCUAACGUGCCAUACACCAUCGUACCUCUAGAGCAGGAUCUACCAGCUGUGAAGCUUGGCUUCACGAUCUCAACAUUCAGCAACUCACCAAUCUCUCUAGCAGAAGCCACACCACGCUAUGCUCACUCCAAGAAGGUGACUGGUAGGUGGACCAAGCACUCUGCUGGUGGCAACACACAGCUUCCGACCUAUUACGACAAUCCCCAGUAUACCAUCAACGUGCCCCAAAGGACGUCAAUCAGCCUCCUUCUUGAAGCGUGCAACCCAGAAGUGAAUGUGAACGUCAAACUUCUCCACGGCAGUCGCCAACGCCUCUAUCGCCUGAUGAACAAAGACAUCUUAGUCGACAGCGGAGACUACCGCCCAGGAAGCUGUCUCGCCGAAUUGGAAGAACUCCCUCCAGGCCAAUACACCAUUAUCUGCAGCACAUUCGAAGCUCACGAUAUAGCUGACUUCUCCCUCCUCAUCCAAUCCUCUCGCCCAGUCUCCGCAGAACUCCUACCACGUGAAGGCGCCGGCCGCAUUCGAGCCGAACUAAGUACAGUAGCCUUCAAACAAGGCGAGACCAAAGUCGCCGCACCUCUACAACCUCGUCGACUCAUGAACUUCUACGCCAUAGCUCGACACUACGACACCGCACCUGGCUCUCCCCGCUCAGCACACUCACACAUUCGUCUCAGCGUCGAGCUUGGAAGAGGGCCGACCCGUCGCAUCAUGAUUGCUUCGAAUAAUGGAGAGUACUCGGAAUCUGCGGGCGCGGUACGAACGGAUCCUAUUGACCUCGGCCCAGAUUUCUGGAAAAUGGGUUAUCGCGAUUGCUGGAUUGUUCUGGACCGGAUGCAUGUGAGUUCGGAGAACCAGGAGGAGAGGUUCCAGGUCGAGUUGUUUUUGGAUCAACCGGAUGCUGUCGAUGUGGGUGUCUGGAGGGCUUGGGAUGAUUGAUAUGCAGGCCGGGAAGUGUGUCGAUUUCCAAUAGCCAUCUCUUGGCGCUGGUGAGAUGUCUACCGUAAGCCUCGCCACAAGCAGUGCCUCACUCUAUUUUCUCUCGUUUCAGAUGGAGGUUGAAAGAGCAGGGUAGUGAAGUGCCGCUUUGCGGUCCAUGACCAGGAGCGCGAGUCGAUUACUGAAGGAAGAUCGAUCUUCACGGCAACGUUUUCGAGAUCUGGAAGCUGGAGUGUUCAGACAGAUCUUAAUGGCAAUCUGUCUUGGGUGCUGAGGACUUGCGAACCAGCUCCAGCCGCUUGCAAUAGCACCCUGUCUUGUGAUGUUGACUGGCGUUGCUUUCUGGCUGCAGAUUUGUGACAGCUUAUGCGGAGAUAGCCAUGAUAUCGUAUGGCUCCAGUGUCUCUAGCCAUGAUGAUACACCUAGCAGUGUGAGAGCCAGCGAG